CACCGUACAUAAACAAACAUGGCGUCUUCUGUGGAUGUCCACGUCCGAAUUUGUGGACAAGAAAUUAUAAAAUAUGACCUAGAAAUUAAAGCUCUCGUCCAGGACAUUAGGGAUUGUCCUGGACCUCAGUCUUCUCUCAGAGAGCUCAACUCUGAGGUCAAGGAGAAGUUCAACAAGCUCAGGCUCAGAAUACAGGUCGGUCUCCGCCAUUAUUUUGCAAUUAAAGUCCACACAGUUGAAUAUGACGUGAAGUGUUGUUGUUUUCAGGAUCUGGAGCAGAUGGCCAGAGAACAGGACAGAGAGACAGAGAGACAGGCCAUCCAGGCAGAGACAGAGAGUCAGAGAAGGCAGAUGAUGAGUAAUCAGACUGCGUGGAGGAAAGCUAACCUGGCGUGUAAACUGGCCAUGGACAACAUGGAGAAAGAUGAGCUGCUGCAUGGAGGGGACAACCACAGCAUCAGACAAAGGAAGGCGACUAAAGAAAGCCUGGUGGAAACCAGUAGCGACAUCACAGAGAGUCUGAUGUCUAUCAGUAGGAUGAUGGCUGAACAGGUGAAGCAGAGUGAGGACACCAUCGGCACACUGGCCACUUCCUCCAGGACGGUUCAGGAGACAAACGAGGAGUUUAAAAGCAUGACAGGGACCAUCCACCUGGGGAGGAAACUGAUCCUCAAGUACAACCGGCGGGAGCUGACGGACAAGCUGCUCAUCUUCCUGGCUCUGGCACUUUUCUUCGCUACUGUCCUCUACAUCCUCAAGAAACGCCUCUUCCCCUUCAUUUAGCCGACUGGCUGCGUCAAAAGAAAGAAUGUUUUACAGGUAUCAUACUGAGCAGGGAAUUACCUGAAGAAGAGAGUUAAGAGCGGUGUAUUGUGUAAGUUAGAAGCAGCAUUGACACUGGACUGCUGCACAUAGAAGUAAUGCCACGUGAAAUAGUUUGACGUUGGUUAGCAGCCUUGUUUUUAUCCUGAAGAAAAAUGCAACUGUGGAUUUAUAAAAUGAGUAUGAAGGGUUUUUGUAGUGCUGUCUUAAAAAAAAAACAGUGUCUAAAAUGUAUUGGUGAGGUUGCAGCUGAAUAUCCCUCCCCUUGCUCUUUUCUUCCAAGUUUGUUGAAGGCAUUUAGCAUUAAAACUCAAAUGUCCAUUAUUUGCUAUUGUAAAAACAUGGUGGUCCAAAAUGGUCACCUCUGUGGAGCCAAACCAACUCCUGAUAUAAAUAUUAAAAGGCUCAUUCUGGGGUUAUGAAAAAAAUGUACGCGUUCUACCUUUAAUUGCAAGGAGAAUAGGGACAAUAACUGGCGUUAUAGAGAUUUCAUGCAAAACUGGAUUUAAAUCCUGUUUAAAUAUAGACCUUUUUUAUAGUUGAUGCAAAUGGUCACAUUUGGAGGCGGAGCUUCUUCCCUGAGCUCCCUGAAAACAGUGACUAUGUUUACAUGAAAUGCAGUAUUCCAGUUUUAAGCGGAUUUAGACAUUAGUCUGACUAAGACACUGUCUUGUAAACAUAAUUUUCAUAUUACCAUAGUUGGAAUGAGGUCACUCAAUGUGACCAAUCAAUCAAUCAAUCAAUUAAUCAAUGCAAUAAUCGGAUUACAGCACAUGGAAUAUUUCGGCUCAAAUGUCUUGUCUAGUAAUGUAAAGAUAUGUAUAUGUCUAAGAAUGAUAUCUUAAUCUGAUUAUGAUGUUCUGACGGAGGUUUCUCAGCAGUAGAUGUGAGUCAUAAUCUGAAGAUGAUCUGUGGAUGUGGCUGUAAUAAGGGCUGGAUAAUCGUUCAAUAACAAUAUACAAUAUAUUGCAAUACAACUUUCUUAAUUUCCACAAAAAAAGGUUACAUAUCGAUCCAGUAUGGAUCGAUAUGUUUAUGCAUAAAACACUUGAACGCUUGAAACUCAUAAUCCCUUAUUUAAUCAAAUAUUUCUGUGUGUAAGAGUGUUUUAUUGUUUCCUCUACAUGAAGUUUAGAAUCACAAUUAACUAGUUUCUUCUUCGCCAUAAUUAUUGAUAUUUAAUGGUUUUAAAAUGUUUAAUGUCCAGCCCUUACUGGAAUAAUCUGUAAAAAUCAUAAUCUUCGAGGUGACUUUGCAUGGAAAAAAAACGCACUUUGAAGCAAACAGAACUGAAAGAACUGACUCUAAAAUGCAGAAACCUUAGUUUAAAAGUGUGUGUGUUUGUACUUGUAUUUGGACCUUGUCAGGACCAGUAGUCCUCAUAGAGACCUAAAUCUGGUUCUAAUGAGGCAGAACCUUAUUUCUGAGAAACUGUUUAGAUUAAGGCUAAGGAUUUGAAUUGUGGUAGAUAAGGGUGAGAGAUUUACUGAAUGUGUGUUUGUUGUCUGCUUUGGAUGAUUGUGUCAGUGAUUGUGUUAGUUUCCUUUGUGCCUUACUUGACUUACUUACAAAACCAAAACUAUAAUGACUUCCUCAUCCUGUGAAGAACAUCUACCAUGCAGAGUCACUGACUGUGUGAAUGUUAAAAACAAGGUCUGUUUGUUUAAAUAAAACAAAUGUAUUUCCCCCAAAAA